GUACAUAUAAAUUCGCGUCAACGCGAUUUCAAAUCAGGCUUCGGUCAGUGGUCACACAAUGACUUUGAAAAUCUUGUGUUUCCUCAGUCUUCUGGCAUUCUGUCAUGCUGGAGUUCUUCCGUUCUUUGAUCCUAGGAUCGUAAAUGGGGAAGAUGCUAAACCAGGCGAGAUUCCAUAUCAGGUUUCUCUUCAACAAAAAGCUUCUUCGUUUCACUUUUGUGGUGGAUCAGUCCUGAACAAUUACUACGUUAUUACCGCAGCUCACUGUGUUGAUGGUGAAAAUGCUAAUGAUAUAAAAGUUGUUGCUGGCACCAUUAACUUAACUCAGCCAAAAUCGGAGCAUAAUGUCGUCAGAAUUAUUACACAUGAAGAAUAUGAUCCAAGUAAUUCUUGGAUUAACGAUAUUGCUUUACUGAAGGUGGAUAGAUCUCUUGAAAGCUUUGAACAUGUUCCUCUGCCACCAAAAGAUCACGUCGUUAAACCUAAUGAUAUUGCUGUUGUAUCAGGAUGGGGCAGACUUUGGCAAGGAGGACCAACCACUGUUAAAUUACAACGAGUCAACAUUCUGAUCGCUGAUCAAAUUUACUGCAAAUAUAUAUACAACAAUAUAGGAUACAAUGUCCAUCCCACACAAGUUUGCGCAUACGAUCCAUCAAUUGAGAAAGGAUCUUGCCACGGUGAUUCUGGUGGUCCAUUGACUGUCAAUGGAAAACUCGUUGGAUUAGUAUCCUGGGCGAAUGGUUGCGCCAGUACCAGCUAUCCCACCGUCUACACACGUGUCUCCUCUCAUUUGGAUUGGAUUAAGAGUCAUACAGUUUAAAUCAAUCCCACUUGCUGCCAAUUAUGACUCGUACUUUAUUUUACUUUGUGUAUAAUUUUCUAAUUAUUGGUUCAUGAAACUAAAGAAGAAAGAAGUUGAAAAAAACUAAAAAAGAUGAAAACGAUCUAGAAUUGUACAUACAUAUAUGUGAAUGAAUGGCUUAAAUUUUUAUUUGCAACUGUAUUUUUUGCACCAGUUCAAGACAGUUCGUAGUCAAUUUCAAAUUUUAUACAAUUUGUCAGAAUUUCAAGCACUAUUUUUUGCAAUGUCUUCACCGAAAAAAGUGAUUGUUGGGACUAUUUUCUCUCAAGGACGGAGUCUGUAUUGUUCGACGCUCUUGCUCUGAGCUCGUGCUUUGAGCAAUGGGUGCUGAAAUUGCCCUUGAAAGAAGAUAGAGUCCGCAUUGGUCGACAAUCAAAUUUUAAUUUUUGAUUAGUGGGUGCUGGGACUAUCUACUCUCGAGAGCACAGUCCGUAUUGUUCGACGUUUUUGCUCGAGCUUUGAGCAAUGGGUACUGGGACUGUCCUCGAAAGAAGAUAGAGUCCGCAUUGGUCGACAAUCAAAUUUUAAUCUUCGGUCAGUGGGUGCUGGGACUAUCUACUCUCGAGAGCACAAUCCGUAUUGUUCGACGUUUUUGCUCGAGCUUUGAGCAAUGGGUACUGGGACUGUCCUCGAAAGAAGACAGAGUCCGCAUUGGUCGACGAUCAAAUUUUAAUCUUCGGUCAGUGGGUGCUGGGACUAUCUACUCUCGAGAGCACAGUCCGUAUUGUUUGACGUUUUUGCUCGAGUUUUGAGCAAUGGGUACUGGGACUGUCCUCGAAAGAAGAUAGAGUCCGCAUUGGUCGACAAUAAAAUUUUAAUUUUCGAUCAGUGGGUGCUGGGACUAUCUACUCUCGAGAGCACAGUCCGUAUUGUUCGACGUUUUUGCUCGAGCUUUGAGCAAUGGUUACUGGGACUGUCCUCGAAAGAAGAUAGAGUCCGCAUUGGUCGACGAUCAAAUUUUAAUUUUCGAUCAGUGGGUGCUGGGACUAUCUACUCUCGAAAGCACAGUCCGUAUUGUUCGACAUUUUUGCUCGAGCUUUGAGCAAUGGGUACUGGGACUGUCCUCGAAAGAAGAUAGAGUCCGCAUUGGUCGACGAUCAAAUUUUAAUUUUCGAUCAGUGGGUGCUGGGACUAUCUACUCUCGAGAGCACAGUCCGUAUUGUUCGACGUUUUUGCUCGAGCUUUGAGCAAUGGUUACUGGGACUGUCCUUGAAAGAAGAUAGAGUCCGCAUUGGUCGACGAUCAAAUUUUAAUUUUCGAUCAGUGGGUGCUGGGACUAUCUACUCUCGAGAGCACAGUCCGUAUUGUUCGACGUUUUUGCUCGAGCUUUGAGCAAUGGGUACUGGGACUGUCCUCGAAAGAAGAUAGAGUCCGCAUUGGUCGACAAUCAAAUUUUAAUCUUCGGUCAGUGGGUGCUAGGACUAUCUACUCUCGAGAGCACAAUCCGUAUUGUUCGACGUUUUUGCUCGAGCUUUGAGCAAUGGGUACUGGGACUGUCCUCGAAAGAAGACAGAGUCCGCAUUGGUCGACAAUAAAAUUUUAAUUUUCGAUUAAUGGGUGCUGGGAUUAUCUACUCUCGAGAGCAGAGUCCGUAUUGUUUGACGUUUUUGCUCGAGUUUUGAGCAAUGGGUACUGGGACUGUCCUCGAAAGAAGAUAGAGUCCGCAUUGGUCGACAAUAAAAUUUUAAUUUUCGAUCAGUGGGUGCUGGGACUAUCUACUCUCGAGAGCACAGUCCGUAUUGUUCGACGUUUUUGCUCGAGCUUUGAGCAAUGGGUACUGGGACUGUUCUCGAAAGAAGACAGAGUCCGCAUUGGUCGACAAUAAAAUUUUAAUUUUCGAUUAAUGGGUGCUGGGAUUAUCUACUCUCGAGAGCAGAGUCCGUAUUGUUCGACGCUCUCCAUUGAAAUUCGAGCAAUGAGUAUUGAACGUUAAAGGAAAUGUAUCUAGAGUCUUCUAGAGAAAAGAAUCCGUAUUAGUUAAAUUUGAAAUACAGUUAUAUACUUUAA